GUUUGUAAUUAACAACUCGAUGUCGUUUCAAAAGGACAGUAAAAAUUCUCUCUCGCGCGCACCCGCAAACAACAUCAUUGGUCGGUUCUCUGUUUGACACGACCGGAGCACCUCAUCUUCUGGGCAACGACUCUGCUGCCCGCUGUCACAUUCAUCUUCGGCGAAUUUUUUUUAACCGGAUUUCGUAGAGGAUUUGGGGUUUUUCUGCGUUUAUCGAAUUUGUGACUAACUUGAACGCACAAGCGUCAACCAAGAGAAGAUGGAACCAGAGGUUAUUAAGGCAGAGCUAGUGUUGCCCACGCAUUUGAGCUUCAAGAGGAUUCAAAUGUAUGAGAAGUAUCCAAAAGGUCAAGCAAGAGGUCGCCAUUGGAAACAUCUGAAACAAAUUCUUCAGGCUGAGAAUUUCCAAAACUAUCCUCCCGAUGAACCCAAUUAUGUUAAUAUUGAGUCUCCACCCUCAAUGCAUCCAUGCAAGAGAAUCUGUGAUAUAACUGGAUAUGAGGCACCUUACUUAGAUCCAAGGACCAAACUCAGUUAUGCGAGCGCCGAUGUCUUCAAGCUUGUAAGAUCGCUUCCAAAUGAGUAUGUGCAAAGGUAUCUGGCACUGAGAAAUGCAGCAGUUGUUCUGAAAUGAUGUGUAUGAUUUGAUUCUGUUUUUGCUUUGUAAUACAUAACAGUGAAAUAUGAGAGUAAGAUGUCCUCUAGUUGGUUGUCUAGAUUUGUACUGGGUUUGGUUAGAUUGUGUAAUUUUGUUAGAUUGUUCCUUUUUUCUUCACCAUCAAUUUAUACAUGUGCAAACUGGAUAAAAAC